UCGGAAGUGGCGUUUAUUUUUUUGUAUUUUGCGAGGACCUCUGGUAAUCUAGAUAAGUGUUAGCAGAGUAGAUCGUGGAAGUUUCUGGAUUUAAUUGACAAACAAACAAACAGAUACAUAAAUAAAUAAAUACAAAUUUAACGUGAUUCCACAAUCUUUCCUAUUACAUACGGGAUAUCCACGUUUCAGAGUUGAUUCCCUGGAUUAUUCAUUUGCAUUUAUAGCUACGUGACAGUAGUACCCGAGUCAAUGCACAAUAAAUUGGAGUAGCCAGCAGCAGCAACCCUUGCUGUGUUAAAAUGGUCAUUUUGUUAAUAUCGUUAGAAUAAUAAGAAGCCGUCUUUACAAAUGCGUCAGCCAAAGCAGGAAUGUAACAUGGAAUAAACAUAACUUGAUUUAGAAUGGGAUACAAAAAUGGAUAUGCAAAAAAUCACCUUGGAAGUGCCACGUUGAGAGCAAGAUAGCAUUUUUUUGGGGUUGGGUGCAAGCACUAUGGCGCUGAAGUGUGAGGUGCAUUCCAUCACAGUCUGUGUGGAGGGGAUGACCUGUAACUCCUGCGUCCAAACCAUCGAACAACAGGUGGGGAAUCUGCAAGGCGUGCAUGACAUACAGGUCUCUCUAGUAAAUAAGGAUGCAGUCGUUGUAUUUGAUCCCAGCCUCCAAACCCCGGAGUCUGUGAGAGAGGCUGUCGAAGACAUGGGGUUUGAGGCGAGUCUUUCUGAUUCAGCCAAGCCAAUACCCACUGAAACAGGCCUCUUCAGCAUCCCCAGCCUGGUGCCUCAGCCCCAGAGUCAGGUCCACAGCACACUCUCCCAAAUGAAGGGAGUUCUGGAUGUUCAGAUCGCCCCUGAGCCUCAGCAUGUCAGCGUGACUUUCAUCCCCUCGCUUGUCAGCACCAGCCAGAUUGGUGGGGUGGUUCGGAGUGUAGACACUUCUCCAGUGGAAAGGAAGUGUGACCCCCCUGAAGAGCCUGGGCGGAGCCAGGCGAGUGAAGCACUGGUAAAAAUGAAGAUUGAAGGGAUGGUGUGCCUCUCUUGUACAACCACCAUCCAAGGAAAGAUCGGAAAACUCAAUGGGGUCCAGAAGAUGCAAGUCUCGUUGGCCAAUCAGGAAGCCACUGUCGUAUACCAGCCACACCUCAUCACUGCAGAAGAGAUUGUGAACCAGAUUGGCUUGGUAGGCUUCAAAGCGUCCCUCAAGAACAAACCCAGGCCUUUCAAUCUGGGCUCCAUCGAUGUAGAGCGCCUGACAAACACUCCAGUCCAGAACUCUGCAACAGCACAGCAGAGCCCUGAGACAGCCUGCAACCUCACUACCGUCGCCCUGCACGUAGACGGCAUGCAUUGCAACUCCUGUGUUCUCAAUAUCCAAAGUAAUAUAUCGGAACUUACUGGCGUGCAUGGAGUCGUUGUUUCUUUGGAAAAGAAGACUGCUACUAUAAGAUGUAACCUGAAACUCAUUACAAUCAAUAACCUCAAGAAAGCCAUUCAGGCUCUUCCACCAGGAAACUUUAAGGCAACCGAAUGCGAGUCUGUGUUUUGUACGACUCCCCCCAGUUCCCCAGUGUCUGUGCCUCUUCUGACUCCAGUGAACUGUACAAGCCAGCCCCCAACAGCGUUGUCUGUGAUUAGCAUUGAGGGAAUGACAUGCAACUCCUGUGUGCAGAGCAUCGAAGGAGUGCUGUCCCAAAGAAAAGGAGUGAAAUCCGCACGGGUGUCUCUAGCUCACCACAGUGGAACUUUUGAGUAUGAUCCACUGCUCACUAACCCAGAGGAAUUAAGGGAAGCUAUAGAGGAUAUGGGAUUUGAUGCCUUUCUACCUGGUACAAAUUCAUUAGCAGAAGGCUUUGAAUCCUCAUUAGCACUGAAGGCACUAUUGCCAAAGGGGUCUCCCAGAAACAAACAGAAGAGCUGUAGCCCCUCAGACCGGUGGAAGGACGAGGAGGAGGGCGAGACAGACCCAGCGGCUGCACUGACCGCUCCACACACCCCUAUGAAGUGCUUCAUCCAGGUGACCGGGAUGACCUGUGCCUCCUGUGUGGCCAGCAUCGAGAGGAACCUCAAGAGAGAGGACGGUAUUUUCUCUGUCCUGGUUGCCCUCAUGGCUGGCAAAGCAGAGGUGCGCUACAACCCGGCUGUCAUAGAACCUGCGGGAGUGGCAGAACUAAUCAAAGAGCUGGGGUUCGGAGCCUCAGUCCUUGAGAACUACGACGGGUCUGAUGGGAAUCUAGAACUCGUUAUUAGAGGAAUGACCUGUGCCUCCUGUGUUCACAACAUAGAAUCGAAUUUAAUGAAGACCAAAGGUAUCGUUUACACAUCCGUUGCACUUGCAACCAACAAAGCUCAUGUCAAAUAUGACCCGGAAGUCAUCGGACCUCGUGAUGUCAUGAAACUAAUUGAUAAUCUUGGUUUUGAGGCUUCUUUAGUGAAGAAAGACAGAUCUGCAAGUCACUUAGACCACCGAAGAGAAAUCAGGCAAUGGAGGCGGUCGUUCUUUGUGAGCCUGUUCUGUUGCGUCCCGGUCAUGGGACUGAUGAUCCACAUGAUGAUAAUGGACAGUCACUUCUCCGGGCAGCACCACCACAAUGUCAGUGUGGUGGAUCUGGACCAGUAUCACUCCACCAUGUUCCUGGAGCAGCAGGUUCUCCCCGGGCUCUCCAUCAUGAAUUUAAUAUCCUUCCUGUUUUGCGUUACUGUGCAGUUUGUAGGAGGCUGGUACUUUUACAUCCACGCAUACAAAGCACUGAAGCACAGAACUGCAAACAUGGAUGUGCUGAUUGUCCUGGCCACCUCCAUUGCCUUUGUGUACUCCUGUGUUAUCCUGCUGGUCGCAAUGAUUGAGAAGGCCAAAGUGAAUCCCAUAACCUUUUUUGACACCCCUCCUAUGCUUUUUGUCUUCAUCUCACUGGGAAGAUGGCUGGAGCACUUAGCAAAGAGUAAAACUUCAGAAGCCUUGGCCAAGCUGAUGUCCCUGCAGGCUACAGAAGCCACUGUUGUAACUCUGCGGCCUGACAAGUCAGUGCUGAGUGAAGAGCAGGUGGAGGUUGAGCUGGUGCAGCGUGGAGACAUCGUUAAAGUGGUCCCUGGAGGGAAAUUCCCUGUGGACGGCAGAGUGAUUGAAGGGCACUCCAUGGCAGACGAAUCUCUAAUAACAGGGGAGGCCAUGCCCGUCACCAAGAAGCCGGGGAGCUCUGUGAUUGCGGGCUCCAUCAACCAGCACGGCUCGCUGCUCGUCACCGCCACACACGUGGGAGCCGACACCACCCUGUCUCAGAUCGUCAAACUCGUGGAGGAGGCGCAGACCUCAAAGGCUCCAAUCCAACAGUUUGCAGACAAGCUUAGUGGAUAUUUUGUCCCUUUCAUUGUUGGGGUUUCAGCCAUUACACUUAUUGCUUGGAUCGUGAUUGGAUUUGUGGACUUUGAACUAGUGGAGAAAUAUUUCCAAGGAUAUAACAAGAGCAUCUCCCGCACGGAAGUGGUGAUUCGCUUUGCCUUCCAAGCCUCCAUCACAGUGCUGUGCAUCGCCUGCCCCUGCUCCCUGGGGCUGGCUACCCCCACUGCUGUGAUGGUAGGCACGGGGGUGGGAGCUCAGAACGGCAUCCUCAUCAAGGGAGGGGAGCCACUGGAGAUGGCACACAAGAUAAACACGGUGGUGUUUGAUAAAACAGGAACAGUGACCCAUGGCACACCCAAAGUGAUCCAAGCCAAGCUCCUGGUGGAGAGGAACCGAAUGCCACGCAACAAACUGUUGGUGAUCGUGGGGACAGCGGAGAACAACAGCGAGCAUCCUCUGGGAGCCGCAGUCACCAAGUACUGCAAACAGGAGCUGGGCACUGAGUCACUGGGAUCCUGCACAGAGUUUCAGACGGUCUCUGGCUGUGGAGUCAGCUGCAAGGUCAGCCACACAGAGUCCCUGCUGUGCAACAGAGAAAACGAGUCUGAGGAGAGGGACUCCAGGAAUGCUGUGUUAGUCCAGAUUGAGGACAGGACAGCCGACCACACGCAUCCUUUGAUUAUUGAGCCUGAGCCUUCAACCUCUGUGAUAUCCCAGACCUACACAGUGCUGAUAGGAAACCGCGAGUGGAUGAAAAGAAACGGCCUUGAAAUUAAAAGUGACGUUGAUGAUGCCAUGAUCGAGCACGAGCGCAAAGGACGCACUGCUAUCCUCGUAGCCAUUGAUGGCCUCCUGUGUGCAAUGAUCGCGAUCGCGGACACAGUAAAACCUGAAGCGGCGCUUGCUGUCUACACUUUGAAAUCCAUGGGGCUGGAGGUGAUUUUGAUGACCGGUGACAACAGUAAAACUGCUAGAGCCAUAGCCGCACAGGUUGGCAUUACCAAAGUGUUUGCAGAGGUCCUCCCCUCCCACAAGGUGGCGAAGGUGGAGCAGCUCCAGAAGGAGGGGAAGCACGUGGCGAUGGUUGGGGACGGGGUCAACGACUCACCAGCUCUCGCCAUGGCAGACGUGGGAAUCGCCAUCGGCACAGGGACCGACGUGGCCAUUGAAGCAGCAGGCGUUGUGUUAAUCAGAAAUGAUCUGUUGGAUGUGGUGGGGAGUAUUGACUUAUCUAAGAAGACUGUGAGAAGGAUUCGGAUUAAUUUUGUUUUUGCUUUAAUUUAUAACAUUGUCGGAAUUCCAAUAGCAGCUGGGGUGUUUCUCCCCAUCGGCCUGGUGUUGCAGCCCUGGAUGGCAUCUGCUGCAAUGGCUGCAUCCUCUGUUUCAGUGGUGCUGUCUUCAUUAUUACUCAGACUUUACACUAAACCAAGCGCUGAGAAGCUGGAGGCACGAGCCCGAGGCCGGAUCAGACAGAAGAGCCUUUCUGACAUCAGCGUCCACAUUGGAAUCGACAACACCAGGCGCCAGUCUCCAAAACUCAGCUUGCUGGAUAGGAUCAUCAACUACAGCAGAGCCUCCAUUAACUCCCUGAGGUCAGACAAGCGAUCCCUGAACAGCAUGGCUCUGACAGAGCCAGACAAGCACUCUCUCCUGGUGGGAGAGGAGAUCGUGUGAGUCCUGAAUACCUUCCUGCAUUCACACCAGCUCCUACCGCUCCCAGAGUCACCUCGUCAGCUGUGAAACUGAUGCAGAAACAUGCUGCUAAAUUACAUGGGAUUCUCAAUCAGUUUCAAACCCUGAUACAGGAACAAUACGAUAUUUCAGCGAUUCUUUUAAUAAGGCGUGUUUUUUUUUACGAAUGUUAACCCCUUCUUUCCCAGCCUGUGCAAUCACAGUUGAACUCUUGUUGCAUCCAGUUUGAUUAGAUCAUUGUAAAUUCCAGUCCUGGUCAUGGAAACAUUGCACCAUUGUUACAGCUGGUGUUUGGAGAAUUCCAGCAGGGAUGUGGAACAGUGGAAUUUAGUUUGCAGGGUACCUGAGGACACAUGAAAAACACGAAUGGACUAAUUGUACAAUACAAUACGUGGAUCAAUGCAGAGGGUUUGGUCCUAGCGCACUGAACCCAGAAGAUCUUCAGUUGGCACAAAGCUAAAGCUGUAAUGGGGCAUUUCAUAUUGGUGCUUUCGAGUUUGAAGAGUUUCAGCUGUUAAGUGAUUUUAAUAUGGAUGAGUGUAUUUAGAAGUAGAAAAAAAAGAUGUUUUAAGUUAUGGGUUUUAGUUCAGUAUUAAAAAUGCUGGUGAUCAGUGUAGAUUUUAUUGUUAAAAUCCAUUUUGUUCAUGGAUAUAUUUUUCAAUUUAACGCCUUGCUUUCGCAGCUCGAGCAAAAUGUUUCAUGUUUUUUUAUGAAAUGGCCAUACAGUGGCAGUGUACUUAUGAUGCUGUUAGAAGUGAAUGGAAGUGAGUAAUUACGAAGUGGUAAUAGUAAUUUUUUCUGAGCUUAAGAAGUGCCCAAUCAAUAAAUAUUGUUAAUUAGUUAUUGAAAAAUAUAAUUAAACAUCAAUAGGAAUUGCAUCAGUCCGUGGAGCAGCCCGGUAGUCAUAUUGAGCUCUAAAGUGUUCCUUAUAAUAUAUCAGAAUCCUCCUGCUAUCCAGAAUCCUCCUCCUUUAUUCAUGCAGGUCCUGCUAUCCAGAAUCCUCCUCCUUUAUUCAUGCAGGUCCUGAUCAUCUAAGCACUAUCAUACCAUUCACUGCACUUAAAACAUACAAAGAAAGCAUUCAUCCAUUACAACACAUAUAUAUAUAUAUUAGAGACCCUUCUGUUUGUAUGUGUUGUUCCAAUAUUCUGUAGAUAAUGCAGUGCCAAGAUACUGAUAGGAAAAUUAUAAUUAAGAUUGCAGACAUCUGGGCUUAUGUAACGUCAAAAUGCCCUUUAAAAUGCUCAGUGGAAAAUACAAAACUCUAGAAUAUUUCUUGAAUGACAUAUAUGAAGAACAGGACUUUCACAUAGCAUAACCCUACAUGUGGGGCUGCACAUUCAAGCAAGUGCUUGCUUGCUGGGGUUAUUGUAUUUGUUCUUGUUAAUGAGAGAAGCGACACAGAUUAUUAGACAUAUGCAGCCUCGAGCCAAUAUUUACUGUAAAGUUAAAAUUAUUUUGCAUGACUAGACGUCCAUUUCAGAUACUACAAAAGCUCCUUGUUAUAUAGGUCAGUGUUGUUCUAUAACUGACCUCUUUCACUGUAUUUUAUUGUGUUUAGUGAAGAUAAUAAGUAGGUCAAUAAAUGGAUCUCUCGCGGGUGUAAACACCAGCAGGAUUACUAUAAAGAGUUAAAGAGCGGUCACGUUGAAUGUCCUUGAGUGACUCACCUGGUGAAAGGGCAGCAGUGUGAGUCGUGCAGUCAGGGGAGCGCAGGUUCACGUCCUGGCUGUGCAAAGUCGCCGGUCUUUGAUUCCACAGGAUUGCCUCUGGCGCUCCUGUGGGUUAGGGAGGCAAAACUGGCAGAGGCUGUUUCUCCUCAUCGUGAUGCAGCGAACCCUGCUGGCCAGGCCCCCGGUGAGCUCAAGCGGACACCUGCAGUGCUGGCCUUUGUCCUCCAGAGGUCAGUCACUAGCUGGGUUGUCUUGGUUUCGGAGGUUGCCCGCUAUACUUUCUCCUGAGCUGCUCUGAAUUUUCACUUUAUCACCAAUGACACCACUUUUAUUUGAUUUUUUUCUCCCAAAUCUUUAAAACUGCUUGGGGUUCAAAAUGAUAUACAAUAAACAUCUUAUUUUUUUUUUUUUUUUUUUUUUUUAAUAUAUAUAAUCUCAAGGAAUAAAGUUUCAUUAAAAACCUGUUUCUAAAUAUGUUUGUAGGUUGUUUAAAAACAGAGAGAUUGUGUUUUCUCACUUGUGCUUUUUGUAUGAAAAACAAGAGAAAAGUGAUGGCAUGCUUUACAGUAAACGAAUAUACUGUUCUGUAAAUACAUUGAUUUGCAUCUCUGCUCACGUCAGUCCAUAUAUAGUUCAAAUAUACUGUAUUGCACUUAAAUAAAGUAUAUGAUGUGCCUUUUUCCAAA